CUAAAUCUAGAUCUAGAUGUAUUAUUAAUGUGAAGUUUAGAGUGCAAUGGCAGGGCAGGUUUUAAAUGUGGGAAUAGGAUUGUUUAUAAUUGCAUUUAUUUGGGUAUUAGCUCUCUUAAUAUGUAUUGCCUUUUCUAGAUCACCAACGAAAACCGCCUCACUGGGCCCCCUUGCCAUUUUGGUAGCCAUCAUCCUGACGAUCAUUUUGGUUUUCAUACCAAGAGAGCUUCAAACACCAUCAGCAGAGGAACAGUAUGUGAUUUACGACUACACUGUUGUGUACCGGUCUAGCCUGAUUGCUGUGAUGGCUCUGUUUGUGCUGGUGGGUCUGGUGCUCUACUUCACAAAUCAUGUCCUGCAGCCCAUCCAGGCCAAACCCCUGAGGAAGUUCCUAAGGUAGCUACACCAAACUACACUCAACUAGUGCUGGUCUAUUUGGAUGAGGUGCUUAGAUUUCCUACUGCUAGGAAAUGUGUUUUGUACUGCUACCAGUGACAACAAAUCUGCAUCACUCUACCUGCAUAGUUGCUAAUCAAAAAACAGAAUUACUUCCCUUGAGGUUGUGUGUGUGCAAAUUGUUAUUGGUAUUUGCAUUGGAUGAUCAGGCUUUGUAUUUAAAAGAUGUAUUAUAUUAAAAUGUAUACUUAUGUCAUGAUAAAAAAAUGUAAGUAAAAAAAAAGCCUGUAAUACUGAACUGGCCUUAGGCUGAUCAUGUUUUAAUUCUAGCUCUAGUUGAUGACUGUACAUUCUCUUAUUGUUUUAAAUAAUUUCUCUAAGAUAGUUUGUAAUUUUUUUUAUUUUUUUUUUGUUUAAAUAAUAGCUUGAUCCCCAUAUUUCCACUAAUGGCUGAGGCUUGUCAUGGGAUUGUCAU